AAGCUACCUCCAUGUGCGCAGCAGUUUAAGAUUUGUUUUGAACUGAGGCAGGCAUAAAUUUUCUGUAAAUUUAAAGGAUUUUUCAUCAAAAAUGGCUCAAGGAAAGCUGAAAGUUAAGAGCAAGCCUCCGGCCAACAACAAGAAGGCGGCCAACAAAAAGGGCAGUGCUUUCAGUAAGCGAAAGAACGCCCCCAUCCAGUCCAAGAAGCACAAGUUCAAGGAGGACGCCAAGCUGAAGCUGGCCGUGUCGCGUACCGUGAACGAGAAGAACGAAGCCGACAUCCGGAAGCUGGUGUACGAGGGCCAGAAGAACAUGAGCCAGGCGCAGGAGGCGGUGAUCAAGCACCACCAGCGGCAAGGAGAGGACGCGCAGCAGGCGGGAUCUUCGGCGUCGUCUUCCAAGUGAUUUGAUUUAAUUUUUGAGAUAGAUUUAAGAUUGAUUAAUGUAAAUAAGAAUGUCAUUGAAAUAAAGAUUAAACACUUCUUGAAACCAGCG